GGGGAAGGCAGGAGGCGGCGAUCCCGGCGGAGGGGGCCGUUCGCCAGCUCCGAGGCAGAAAGUGCCACGACUCCACACGCGCGCACGCAGCCAGCGAGCGGCCGGAGCGGACGGCGGACGGGGCGGACGGCGUCGGGGUCGCGGUGCCUGCAGCUGCUUGGGGGCGGCUUCUCGGCGGAGGCUCAGCGGGCUUCUCUCCCGGUUCCGCGGCGGCGGCGGCGGCUCCUGCCCUUUCGCUCUCCCUCCCGCGUCUCCGGCUGCAGGUGAAAGGAAAGCAAGCCAGGAUGGAUAUUUACGACACUCAGACCUUGGGGGUUGUGGUCUUUGGUGGAUUCAUGGUCGUUUCUGCCAUCGGCAUCUUCCUGGUGUCCACCUUCUCCAUGAAGGAAACGUCAUAUGAAGAAGCCCUAGCCAACCAGCGCAAGGAGAUGGCGAAAACGCACCACCAGAAAGUGGAGAAGAAAAAGAAGGAGAAAACAGUGGAGAAGAAAGGAAAGACCAAGAAAAAGGAAGAGAAACCCAAUGGGAAGAUACCUGAUCACGAGCCAGCCCCCAACGUGACCAUCCUUCUCAAAGAUCCUGUGCGGGCACCUGCAGUGGCCGUGGCUCCAACCCCAGUCCAGCCCCCCGUGGUCAUUGCCCCUGUAGCCCCAGUACCAGCUGUGCCCCAAGAGAAGCUGGCCUCCUCCCCUAAGGACAAAAAGAAAAAGGAGAAAAAAGUGGCAAAGGUGGAACCAGCAGUUAGUUCUGUAGUGAAUUCUAUCCAAGUUCUUACCUCCAAGGCUGCCAUCUUGGAAACUGCUCCCAAAGAGGUGCCUAUGGUGGUUGUGCCCCCAGUGGGUGCCAAGGCCAGUACCCCAGCCACUGGCACUGCACAAGGCAAAAAGGCAGAGGGAGCCCAGAAUCAGAACAAAAAGGCAGAGGGAGUCCAGAACCAAAACAAAAAGGCAGAGGGAACCCCCAACCAGGGCAAAAAAGCAGAGGGGGCUCCCAACCAGGGCAAAAAGGCAGAGGGAGCCCAGAAUCAGGGCAAAAAGGUAGAAGUGGUCCCGAACCAGGGCAAAAAGGCAGAAGGGGCCCAGAAUCAGGGCAAAAAGGCAGAAGGGACCCAGAAUCAGGGCAAAAAGGCAGAAGGGGCCCAGAAUCAGAGCAAAAAGGCAGAAGGGGCCCAGAAUCAGAGUAAAAAGGGAGAAGGAACCCCAAACCAAGGCAAAAAGACAGACGGGGUCCCCAACCAGGGCAAAAAGACAGACGGGGCCCCCAACCAGGGCAAAAAGGCAGAGGGAGCUUCCAACCAGGGCAAAAAAGUAGAAGGGACCCAUAAUCAGGGCAAAAAGGCAGAGGGGGCACAGAAUCAGGGCAAAAAAGCAGAGGGGGUCUCAAACCAGGGUAAAAAAGAGGAGGGGACCCCAAACCAGAGUAAAAAGGCAGACGGGAGCCCCAAUCAGGGGAAAAAGGUGGAAGUGGUUCAGAACCAGAGCAAAAAGUUAGAGGGGACCCCCAACCAGGGCAAAAAGGCAGAGGGGGCCCAGAACCAGGGCAAAAAAGUAGAGGGGGCCCAGAACCAGGGCAAAAAGGCAGAGGGGGCCCAGAACCAGGGCAAAAAGGUGGAGGGAGCCCCCAACCAGGGCAAAAAGGAGGGAACCCCAAACCAGGGUAAAAAGGCUGAGGGUGCCCCCAACCAGGGCAAAAAGACAGAGGGGACCCCCAACCAGGGCAAAAAGGCAGAGGGGGCUCCCAACCAGGGCAAAAAGGCAGAGGGGGCUCCCAACCAGGGCAAAAAGGCAGAGGGGGCCCAGAAUCAGGGCAAAAAGGCUGAGGGGGCCCAGAAUCAGGGCAAAAAGGCAGAGGGGGCCCAGAAUCAGGGUAAAAAGGCAGAUUCAGUUGCUAGUCAGGGCACAAAGGCAGAGGCUGUUGCAAGCCAGGGGAAAAAAGCAGAGGGGGCCCCCAAUCAAGGCAAAAAGGCAGAGGGAACCCCGACCCAGGGCAAAAAGUCAGAAGGGUCCCCCAACCAGGGCAAAAAGGCGGAUACAUCUGCCAAUCAGGGUAAAAGGACAGAGUCAGCUCCUAUCCAAGGCAAAAAUGCAGAUAUGGUCCAGAGCCAAGAGGCACCAAAGCAAGAGGCUCCUGCAAAGAAGAAGUCUGGUUCAAAGAAGAAAGGUGAGCCUGCGCCCCCGGACUCCGACAGUCCUCUCUACCUCCCUUACAACACUCUGGUCUCCACGGUCGGAAGCAUGGUAUUCAACGAGGGUGAGGCCCAGCGGCUCAUUGAGAUCCUGUCCGAGAAGGCUGGAGUCAUCCAGGACACCUGGCAUAAGGCCACUCAGAAGGGCGACCCUGUGGCAAUUCUGAAACGCCAGCUGGAAGAGAAGGAAAAGCUGCUGGCCACAGAGCAGGAAGAUGCAGCUGCCGCCAAGAGCAAACUGAGGGAGCUCAAUAAGGAGCUGGCAGCAGAAAAGGCUAAGGCAGCAGCCGGGGAGGCCAAGGUGAAGAAGCAGCUUGUGGCCCGGGAGCAGGAGAUCACAGCCGUGCAGGCGCGCAUGCAGGCCAGCUACCGGGAACACGUCAAGGAAGUGCAGCAGCUACAGGGCAAGAUCCGGACUCUUCAGGAGCAACUGGAGAAUGGCCCCAACACGCAGCUGGCCCGUCUGCAGCAAGAGAACUCCAUCCUGAGGGAUGCCUUGAACCAGGCCACGAGCCAGGUGGAGAGCAAGCAGAACGCGGAGCUGGCCAAGCUCCGGCAGGAGCUCAGCAAGGUCAGCAAGGAGUUGGUGGAGAAGUCAGAGGCCGCACGGCAGGAGGAACAGCAGCGGAAGGCUCUGGAGACCAAGGCGGCCGCCUUUGAGAAACAGGUCCUACAGCUGCAGGUGUCUCACAAGGAGAGUGAGGAGGCUCUGCAGAAGCGCUUGGACGAGGUCAGCCGGGAACUGUGCCGCUCACAGACCAGUCAUGCCAGCCUGCGGGCGGACGCCGAGAAGGCCCAGGAGCAGCAGCAGCAGAUGGCCGAGCUGCACAACAAACUUCAGUCCUCCGAGGCGGAGAUGAAGAGCAAGUGUGAGGAGCUGAGUGGUCUCCAUGGGCAGCUCAAGGAGGCCAGGGCUGAGAACUCACAGCUCACCGAGAGAAUCCGGUCCAUCGAGGCCCUGCUGGAGGCGGGCCAGGCCCGAGACACCCAGGACGCCCAGGCCAGCCAAGUGGAGCAACAGGCCCACCUCAAGGAGCUGGAGUCCCAGGUGCGGUAUCUGGAGAAGGAGGCCACCGAGCUCAAGGAGGCAGUUGAGCAGCAGAAAGUGAAGAACAAUGACCUCCGAGAGAAGAACUGGAAGGCCAUGGAGGCUCUGGCCUCGGCCGAGAGAGCCUGUGAGGAGAAGCUGCGCUCCCUGACCCAGGCCAAGGAGGAAUCGGAGAGGCAGCUCAGCUUGACCGAGGCACAGACCAAGGAAGCCCUGCUCACCCUGCUGCCAGCGCUCUCCAGCUCGGCACACCAGAGUUACACCGAGUGGCUGCAGGAACUCCGAGAGAAGGGCCCUGAGCUGCUGAAGCCGCCACCAGCUAGCACAGAGCCCUCCUCGGACCUGGCCUCCAAGCUGAGGGAGGCCGAGGAGACCCAGAACAGUCUGCAGGCUGAGUGUGACCAGUACCGCACCAUCCUGGCGGAGACGGAGGGCAUGCUCAAGGACCUACAGAGGAGCGUGGAGGAGGAGGAGCAGGUGUGGAAGGCCAAAGUGAGUGCCACGGAGGAGGAGCUCCAGAAGUCACGGGUCACAGUGACACAUCUCGAAGAGAUCGUAGAGAAGCUGAGAGGAGAACUUGAAAGUUCAGAUCAGGUGCGGGAACACACCUCACAUCUGGAAGCAGAGCUGGAGAAGCACAUGGCGGCCUCCAGCGCCAAGUGCCAGAGCUACGCCAAGGAGGUGGCAGGGUUGAGGCAACUUUUAUUAGAAUCUCAGUCUCAGCUGGAUGCAGCCAAGAGUGAAGCCCAGAAACAAAGCAAUGAGCUCGCCCUGGUCAGGCAGCAGCUGAGUGAGAUGCAGAGCCACGUAGAGGAUGGUGACGUAGCUGGGUCCCCGGCUGUCCCCCCUGAGGCCCCCCCAGCAGAGCAGGACCCUGUCGAGCUGAAGACGCAGCUGGAGCGGACGGAAGCCCUCCUGGAGGACGAGCAGACACAACGGCAGAAGCUCACGGCCGAGCUUGAGGAGGCUCAGAGCUCGGCGUGUCGGCUGCAGACAGAGCUGGAGAAGCUCCGCAGCAUGGGGCCCCUCGAGUCUUCAGAAGCAGAGGAGGCCACGCAGCUGAAGGAGAGACUAGAAAAAGAGAAGAAGUUAACCAGUGACCUGGGACGCGCUGCCACCAAAUUACAGGAGCUUUUAAAGACGACCCAGGAGCAGCUGGCAAAGGAGAAAGACACGGUGAAGAAAUUGCAGGAGCAGCUGGACAGAACAGAGGACAGUAGCAAUUCAAAGGAGGGCACUUCUGUCUGAGUCUCCUCUGCGGGAAGAGAAGUUACUGUUCAACUUACCAAAAUGCCUUACACAUUCCUUACAGAUAAAUAAACCAACCAACAGCGUUAUCCAGGCCCAACUUCCAGUAGCUCUGAGAGAAGCCAUUAGAGACGAGAGUCUCUUAGAAUCACAGAAAUAGAUCUUCCAGACCCCUGUUUAUAAAAGAACCUUUGUCACGUUUGAUAAACACUAUUCCCCAGGACCAGGCCUGGACCACCACCGAGCAGACGCCAAAGCCCUUAUCAGCUCCGUGACAGACCCCAGGGUGUGAGCUGGGGAGGCUGGGGCCUCUGGGGACCCGUGUGUCAAUCAGUGCAAUUGUUUUCUCUCACUGGGCUGGGGGCUGGGAGGCUGGCGGGGCCGGGUGGGGAGCCUCAAAGGCUGUGGGACAGACUGGAGGGUCACAGCCCGGCCCAGUGAGGCAGCAGCCCCUCAGCCCUGGGAGAAGUUGCCAGCAAGAACUGAUGUAUGACCUCCGGAUGUUAAUGCCAUUAAAACCAACGUUGUCGCCCGGCA